AUGGCUGAUCACGCACCUGCGCCGGCCUUCUCCACGAUUGAAAACAGGCUUAUUAUACCUGAUCCACCUAUGGGAACCGAUGAGCGCGCCCCAGGCCAAUUGGCUGCCCGUGUAAAGACCCUGCCAUGGACGAUUGCCCGAAAAGCCAACUUCGUGAAGUCAGACUUUCUCAAGUUUCUUCGGACUAAGGAACCUCGCCGGGAGCCUACCCUACGGCCUGUCCACGAGUGCGACCGCUGGGGAUUUGACGAGCAGGUUGGGAUGAGCAUUGAAAACGUGGAAGCGAUCUAUAUCCAGACGGUUGGGCGAUGGACAGAGGAGGAAUGUACCCACUGUCAACAAGAAGAUGGGCCAUUCGUCAACUGCGUUGUCGUCGAUGCUAUCGGUUGGCCCAAAGAGUGUGCUAACUGCCACUGGGGUGGCAAAGCCCGCCAAUGCUCCCACUUUGUUGAACCCCGCGACUGCUCCGUCGAUCAGGAGUUGGCUCGCCAGCGAGCGAGCGAUCGCCGAUAUUUCGUUUGCGAGUUGAACAGUCUCCUCUCAAUCACCGAGGAUCUUCGCAUCGCAACUACCCAUACUCGCCAGGCUGGAAAUGACAAUCUUACGGCAUGGAAUAGGGUAACUGACACCGUUCAAGGACUACGAUCUCGCCUGAGAUCUGGUGAUCUUAUCCGCUCCUCAGAUAUCCGACGGGUCCGAGAACAGGUCACGGCUGGGGUGAGUCGAGGUAAUACCGUCCGAUCUGCCGAACAUGAUGUUAGACUGUACCGUCAGGAUCUCCAACGCGCACUUAAUGAUCUCAUUCGCCAGUACAGCGAGUAG